GGUCUAAGGAUUAUCAUCCACAUCUGGAGGAUACCCUCAAAUCAACUUUCCUUCUUUACAUCUACACUACCACAUUAGCUUGUUGACAUCUGGUUCAGACCAUAACAACUGUCAAACACAGAGAAUCUAGUGAAUAUCCAGACUAGUUUGCAUCUGACCGUGUUUUAAGGGUGAUCAACUUGCUUUGUACUCCCCCAACUAUGCCUUUUGGUUUUCACUGAUGACAAGUUCUACUAACAUAGUGAUGGCAAAAGACGACUCCAUGGUGUCCAACAACAGCAACAUUGCUAACACCACGUCCAAAAGUUUUACUAAAACUAAAAACAAAAACAAACCUAAGAAUACCCAAGCGAGAAUGGCAAAUCCCCCGGUUGAUUUAAAUUUCCAAAUUGAUACGCAAAUCAAACAGAACAAGAAAAAAACAUUUAAUAAGAAGAAUCAGAUUUCUGCCAACCACUUGCUUCAAUUUCAAUCAUAUCGUGAUCUGGAUGAAUACCAUACCAAUCGCUCCAAGCCCAGAAAGCACAACAAACUUAUCAAUGAGUACCAGAAACCCCGUAUUCAAUUGAAAGGAAUGAAAUUCAUUAAUGUCAAUUACAAGUUUGUUGUCGAUAACCGUAAACAAUAUCGUUUACAACAAUUAGAUCCGAACGUUCCAUUUGAUAUCGAAGAUAUUAUUAGAAUUAUAGUGCCCCGCGGCAAUGCCUGUCCUAUAUGUCUCACUGAUGAUCCAAUUGCUCCACGUAUGAUUACAUCGUGUGGACAUUUGAUCUGUUUGAAAUGUGUGCUUUUGCUAUUGAGCAGCGAGGUUCCCAAGGCUAAGAAACGAGAAAGUGAAGUGAUUGUGGAAAAGUAUCGUGAAUGUCCAUUGUGUUCUUCCGUCAUUAGGAAGCACGAAUUGAAACCAGUGUUAAUUAAUAAUGUUGAUGAACAGUUUGAAUUACCGAAAGUACAUCAUGAUACUGUGUUGACCUUGAUGAAACGACAACAAGACAAGAUUAUCAGUUUGCCAAAGUCAAUGGACAAUUUUGAUUCUAGUGAUUAUGAUCUGGAUUUUGUUGAUGUUGCCAAAUUGAAUGAAUUCUUGUCAUAUCUGAGAAUUUUCAAAGGAAGUUCACAUUACUUGUUGGAUAUGUACAAUAAGGAAAAAGACCAAAUCUUGCAAGCUCACAAUGAGGAAAAAUUGCUUUAUGGAUCAGAUGAUUUUUCCCUUGUCAAGGCAACUCUCGAUCACAUUGAUGAUGAAAUUGACCAUUGGACCAAUAAGCUUGCCCAGGAUCCACCUCCUGCUCCCACUCUCAUCCCAAGUUCAACACCUACACCUCCUUCUGAUGCCACUUACCAUUACUAUCAAACAGGGUUUAAUUCAAGUUGUACCUAUGUACUUUCUCCACUUGAUAUGAAGGUUCUUAAAACCACUUAUGGAAGCUAUGAUAAUCUUCCUUCUUCGAUCGUGGCCAAAAUUGAAAAUAUCAAGUAUGAAGAGUUGUCCCAGGAAACUUCGCUCCUGAAGUACAAAUACUUGUCACAUCUUCCUAUUGGGUCACAGAUUGGAUUUUUGGAAUGUAACUGGUUUGGUAAUCAGUACAUAUCACAUGAAGCAUGGCAAACAUUCAAGGAAGAUUUAUUGAAACGAACCAAAAACAGUCAACGUAAAUUCAAGAAAGAAGAGCGAGAUAGGAAACGAGCUAUAAAUGAAGAAGAAAUUAGAACCCGGAAGUUUUAUGAACAGGAGAAUCGAGAUGUUGAACGUCAUGAAAGUAGCGGAUAUAGUGGUGUCUUGGGUGGUGUUGGUGCACUUUCAAUUGUUGAUAACCGCCAAACUGCCGAACAACCUCCAUUGUUGUCUAAUUCUCCUACCGAUGUUGUUAUUCCAGAAGAGUCUUUCCAGACCACUGUAUGGGGAACAAAGAUUCCAAAACCUGAACCGUCAGCUUCGCCAGUACAUGAGGAUGAUGAAGAUGAUUGGGAUGCCGAAGAAAUGAUUAGACGGGCCAAAGAGGAAAUGUCUAAGCAACAAGGAGGCAAGAAGAAGAAAAAGAAGAUGAUCUUGUUGUCUUCUAAUAACUGGUAA